AGCAGGUCCACCAGCAGCUUCUCUGUCUCGCUUCAUCUUGAAUAAGGAUACCAUUUUGUUUUACUGCACGAGAAAGGAGUGUCCCUGUCACAUACAGGAAAAAAAAAAAUGUUUUUUUGGGUGUUAGCCCUCCUAACCCUCUGUGGUUUUCUGUGGGCUUAUCAAGGACAACUAAGGAUUACAGACAUCACUGACAAGUACAUCUUUAUCACUGGGUGUGACACGGGCUUUGGAAACUUGGCAGCCAGGACUUUUGAUAAAAAAGGAUUUCGUGUGAUAGCUGCCUGUCUGACCGAAGCAGGAUCAACAGCUUUAAAGGCAGAAACCUCAGAGAGACUCCACACAGUGCUUCUGGAUAUAACCGAUGCUGAGAAGGUCAAGAAGACUGCCCAGUGGGUGAAGGACCAAGUUGGGGAAAAAGGUCUCUGGGGGCUGAUCAACAAUGCUGGUGUUCUCGGGGUGCUAGCACCCACAGACUGGCUGACAGUGGAGGACUAUAGAGAACCUAUUGAAGUGAACUUGUUUGGACUCAUCAACGUGACAUUAAAUAUGCUUCCCUUGGUCAAAAAAGCUCGAGGGAGGGUUAUCAAUGUCUCCAGUAUUGGGGGUCGGCUUGCAUUUGCUGGAGGAGGCUAUACCCCAUCCAAAUAUGCAGUGGAAGGCUUCAAUGACAGCUUAAGACGGGACAUGAAAGCUUUUGGUGUGCACGUCUCAUGCAUUGAACCAGGAUUAUUCAAAACAGCAUUGUCAGACCCAGUAAAGACAACUGAAAAAAAACUCGCCAUUUGGAAGCAUCUGUCUCCAGACAUUAAACAGCAGUAUGGAGAAGAUUACAUUGAAAAAAGUCUAGACAAACUGAAAGGCACUACAUCCUUCGUGAACAUGGACCUCUCUCUGGUGGUAGAGUGCAUGGACCACGCUCUGACAAGUGUCUUCCCUAAGACUCGUUAUGCUGCUGGAAAAGAUGCCAAGGCUUUCUGGAUACCUCUGUCUCACAUGCCAGCAGUUUUGCAAGACUUUUUAUUGUUGAAACAGAAAGUUGAGCUGGCUAAUCCCAAGGCAGUGUGAUUCAGCUGACCACAAAUGCUUUCCUCAGGCUAUAAGACUGUCCAAUUUCAAGAACACAUGUCCUUUUCAAUCUCAUUCCUUACCUAAUCCAACCUGGACUCAUUUAGACCAUUCUUCUUUUGAUAAAAGAAGGAGUUCUGAUCAUCACUGGUGAUGCCCCAGGGUCCCUUCUCAAAUAUUCUUUGAAAAGAAGAGCCAGGAUGAACAUCACAUUGGCAAGUCCUGCCCACUAUUUAGGUUUUGCCUGCUUGAUAUGAUGUAAAGGAAAUUAUCUUCUCCAUUGCCUGCAUCAUGCUUACAGUCCCCAGGAUUUAAAGUACUCCUGGAUAUUGAACAUUGUCCCUUAU